GUUAGAAACUGUGAAUCCCUUGGACAGAGAAAAUGAAAGUUCUGACUCCAGUACAAAGGCACAGAUCAGCCCUGGGAGUGAGAUUGAGGCUGGGAUGCUGUCAUCUUUGUCAUCAUCUAGCACGGACAUACCUGUGAAAAAAGGGCACAUGCCGGGAGACCCAUUAGAAGACUCUGAUUGUAGCAGAACAAGUCUCAGCUCAGAAAGCCAGCCAGCAAACAGCCCAGAUGUGCCGAGUGUUGCUUCUUCUAAGGAUGUUUUAAAUAAAAAUGGUCCUGGGGGACCAGAGGGAGGUAGAUCAUCCCCCUCUUCUACGACUGACUCCAGCUUCGCUGUUGGAGAAUCGGACUCGGAACACCAUUUAAGCUGUGUACCAGUUUCUCGGACUGUGAGAAACUUGGGAUGCACAGCGUUGUUUACAGAGCGUUCCGUUAGCACAGUUCCUCGCAGCCCAGACUUUCAGGGGAUAACUUCUACAGAGACUGCAACAAAAGAAAACAGCUCGGUGCAGAGAGAAGAGCAUGUUGAGCCUGAGAGCCCUGCUGUUUCUGACUUCUUCUGUGGUAAAUCUGAUGGAAGCGGCACUACCAAACAGGAGGGCUCAGAUGAAUCAACUAGGCAUGAGGACUCGCAGUCUCCAGAGAGCGAGUAUUCUGACAGGCAAGCUGCAGGUAGCCUAUCGGAGCAGGGUGCCAGGCACACCAGUGCUCUUCAGAGACGUGCCGCAACAGACACAGAACUUGUUCAUGAAGGCAAUGGGCUGUCUGCCCCAGAGGCCCAGAAAAGUUUGGCUGUUACAGAAAUCAAGCAAGAAACAGAAAGUAUCUCAGCCAGUGAGCCCACAACUUCGAGUCAUGCAAAAGCUCCAGAAGAUAAAAUUGAGUCAUUAUCCAAAGAUACCAACCAGGUGUCUGUAACAGAAACCGAAAGGCUUGAUUUGGGGCCACCUGGCAAAAUGCCUCACAUUCCUAGGCUAAAUCAAAAGGACCCCGCUGCUGUAAAAUGUGGCAGUGAAUCAGCAGCUGAAGCAUGCUCAGAAAACAAAAUGCCCCCUGGACUGACUUUUGAACUUUAUAGAAAUCUCACGAAGGACUCCCCUGACUCUGAGUGUCCUCAACAAACCAAAGUAUCACCUGAUACCAGAACCUGUUUUACCCCUGACUGUAAAAAAUCAAGUUUCAAGGCUUCCUCUCCUACCUUUGUAUCUGGAGUCGGCAUGCUGAGCAGGUUGGAUGUGCCUGUUGUAAAGAAUGAGGGGUCUUCUGUGCUCACUGAAACCGGGGAUGUCGACAUUGCUGGUGUUUCCAAUGAGCCUAAAGAGUGUCAAGAAGAAAAUGUGCGGAGUCGUGUUAAGGCUGCAGACAGGAAGAGUCCUCCAGCUCGCUCUCACCGUGAGCGUGCCUCUGUGAUUCUUGACUCUGAGGAAGUUCUUCCCGACAGUAAAAGAUGCCAGGUUCUACUGGACCUUGAAGCUAGUGACACCCCCUUGACUAGAGUGGACUCCACAUUUGAGUAUGAAAGCAUCUCUGAGGACCAAGGUCCCACUUCAUCUCAAGGCCCUAACAAAGCAGAGUUUGUGCUUUCCGACAGUAAAGCAAGGAAGAGCACUGUAGGGAAGUCUGGUUCUCUUUCCUUGGAAACCAAAACUAGCAACAUUGCUAAAGUUUUAUCAGAAACUGAAGUUGAUGGCCAGGACAAUGUUCCUGCUGAGUCACAUUCUGGAAAAGGAAAAACUAUAACCCUUUCCAAGAUAUCUGUUUCCCAAAUGGAGUCUAAAGACAUUUCUCAGGGUAACAUUUCUCCUCCAUUUGAAAUUACAGAUGUGCCAGCAAAGCCUGUUUUAUCAGAAUUAAUCUCCCUCGAGGCUGAACAGGAGGAAAGUCAUCAACUGGUAGAUCACAAAGAGAUCAAAGAGAGAUGUUCAGAUUUGGGGCCUAAAGAAAAUUGCCACGCCGAGGUGUCUCCUCCUGCCUCCCUGCAUCAAGGUGAGAAGGACACAGAGGUAGAUGCAUCAGGUUGUCCGGCUCCUUUUCUCAAAAGUAAUACGUCUGGGAUCUUACCUCCUGUUCACGGUGACAAAGCCAGUGCUUAUGUGACCUGUCAACCCUCAGAUAUCUGUGGGACUGAAAAGAGUUCGGGUUUCGCAGAAAGGGCAGAACUGAGCUUCGCCGAUACUUGCCCCAAAGUCCAAGAAACUGACAGCACAGAAGUAAGUUCACCUGUUCUGAGCUCUCCUAUCACUGUGGGGGAAAACACUUUUGCAUCUGAAGAUUCGGGCUCUCUCGGUGUCCCCUCUGUGCUGAGACCCAAAACGAAAGGCUCAUCUCACAGAAAGAAAGAGAGAGCUCCUGCCCUAAGUGCUGGCACUGAGAGCACGUCUUCCUCGAACGCCGAAGGAGUCUGCAUGAUUACAAGUGCAUGUCACCCCCAAAGUAACUUGGGUUCUGUGGAAGUUACUCUGGAUGUCACGCAUAAAGGCACCUCCCUCACUAACCUGCCACACCCUGAAAGCUCUUAUUUGGAAUCUGAAACAUCUAUACCAGCAGGGGCAGAAGUGACCCCAUCUCAGGGACAUUUUGAUCAUUAUACUGGGGAGGUGUCUGUCGUUUUCCCAACUGCUGCCCAGUUUGACCAGCCGGUGGAAGGAGAGACUGGAGCAGUUGCUGGGGCCCCAGCGUCAGUUAACAGCUCAGGCCAGCAGUGUUCUGAAGCAUCUGCUGAGCAUGUAGAAGCAAGGAAGAGAGCACAUGACCAGUGUUCAGACGCCAAAAGUGUUUUGCCCAACAAGGCUGCUACGUGGAUGGGUGAGGCUUUUAAUUCGGUUAGGGAAGGCCUCGAAUCCAAGGACACAGUCCAUACGUGCCAGGACCACAUAGCUGGAGACGCCAUAAUGAAUCCUGGUUCCUGGAGAGGAGAUGACACAUCCGAGAAAAAGCCAUCAGAUGUGACCCCUUCUGGGAUCCAACUGACAGAGCCUUUGGAAGAGAAGGACUUGGAAAGCUUGUCAGGAGCCCGAGGGGAGGAAAAGGCCUGUGUUUCACCUACCCCUGAUGACGACACCCAUGGACCGGGGACCUCCAAAAGCAGCUUGUCCGACAGCCUCGUGUGUGUACCCGAAAAAUGCUUGCCCGGACACGGUAAUAAGAGCACACCCCUUGCAGUGUCCGAAGUAGGAAAAGUCCACAAAAAGGAUACUGAAGUAAAUCUAGGAAAACUCGAGCUUAUCCCUUCCAUGUUAGAAAUGGGAAAACCAUACAAAAAGGAUACCGAGUUGAAAAUUAUGAAAGCUGAGGCAGCCCUUCUUCUGUCAGAAAUGGGAGAAGCACAUAAAAGGGAUGAUGAACUGAAUAUCACAAAAACUGAGCCAACAGAUGACAGUUUUGAAACGCGAGAAGUAUGCCCAGUGGAUGCUGAGAAGCGUGCAAAAACUGAGGGACUGCCUGCCGUGUUAGGGAAGGAGAAAGCUCACAAGAUGGGGGAUACAGAGACGGAUAUUGGCAAACCUGACGCAAUGCCUGUCGUGUCAGAAGUGAAGAGCAUUUAUCAGAGAGAUGCUGAGAGAAUUCCUGGGAAGUCUGACAUGCUACCUGCUACAUUAGGGAUGGAAAACAUUUAUGAAAAGCACGCUGAAGGCGAUGUUGCCAAGACUGGGGCGACAUCAGGCCUGCCAGAAGGGGAAAACACUGACCGAAAAGAAGUUGAGGGGAUUUCUGAAAAGUCUGAAGUGACCCCUCCUGCGUUAGAAACGGACGAUACCUCCCCGGAUGCUGAAGGAGAUGCGGACAGCACCGAGGCGAUGCCCGUGGCGUCAGAAGUGGUAACUGUCCGCCACGAAGAUGCCGAGGGGGUCAAUGGGAAGACUGAAAGGCCUGUGUCGGGAAUGGAAAGCACUUUCGAAAAGGGUGCUGAGGGAGUUCUUACGAAAACCGAAGUUGUACCUUUUGGGCUGGAAGUGAAAAAAGUACACAAGAAGGCAGCCCCUGCCUCUUUAGAAAUAGAAAAAGCACGCAAGAGGGAUGCUGAGGGGACGAUCGGAAUCACCGUGUCCAUGCCCUCCAUGAUAGAGAUGGAAAGAACAUCCCCAGAAGAGCCUGAUGGGGCUAUCCGUAAACACCCCAUGUUAUCUGCAGGGGUCACCAUGGGGGUAACACACGGAGCAGGUCUGGGAUCACCCCUUAUACAAGCAGGGGCCACGCUUCCCAUAUUUGAACCUGAAAAAGCCCCCCAAGAGUAUGCUGAAGAAAGUAUGGGAGAAAUGGAGGAAGAGCCCAUUGAAGUAAAGGAAGGCUUCAUAUCACAUGACAAUAGGCUUGCUUCGUAUUUCAGAGGCUAUGAAUCGCCUACAUUGAGCAAGGAUUAUGAAGGCUACCCAGCCUUAGCAAUGCUGGAUUUUCAACCUGUGGAGUCCACAGGAAGGCUAGACAAAAGAACAUCUGUUACCGCAGUAGAUGUAGGGGAGUACAGCGAUGAAAAAGAAGACUCUAACCUAGCCUUCGUCUCUCAGGAUGAACAAGAAAACUCUUCCUUUACUAUAUUAUAUGAAGAACCCCUUCAAGAUGAGGACAGGUGUGCCCCCGUCAACGUACGGAGAGCACACUCACUCCCGUUUCCUGACGCACCCCCCGACGGCACGCCUGUCCUCGCUUGUGAGAGGUCUGAGAGCAGAACUGACCUGGUUCGUCAUUUUGAAAAGGGCACUAAAUUAGACAGUGAUAGUUCAGAAAUGUUCUUAUCAGUGGAGGCGAAAAGGUACAGAGUGUACCCCUUAGCUCUGUCUCCCAUUUAUGAGGACGACAGCUCUCAGGAGGACGUUCUGUCCAGCGAGGUCUCCCCUGGGCACCAUGGCUCCACCAAAUCGAGAGACGGUGCGCACCAGCCCUGUUCUGUCCUGUCACUCCUCCAGUCAGUAUCAGAGCGUUUAAAGAUGAAUUUUGAUGAAGACGACAGGCUGGAGUUAGGGGAAGAGGAAGAGGAAUCAUCACAUCAGGGAGGUCUGACAGCCACAGGGAGGGAGACCGUUACCAUCAGGCUGCCGGGUCCUUCCACCACGUUCGGCCCAGACGAGGACCAGGAAAGGACUGGAAUUUCUACGGGUUCAUUUGUGAAGACAAAUGAACCAACUACCUCCAGUCUGCACACAGGUCUGUGGCCAGAAAAGACCCCAUUCCUACAAAAAUCUGACCUUACUUCUAAAUUACAUUCUUCCGUGAAGAGUGCUUAUCAUCAGUAUCUGCAGACUUCCAAAACACAUUCCUCAGAAAAAGGAGCCAGAUUUGGUGGGACUUUGCAGGAACCAGUGUCAAAAUAUUUCCGUGCUCAAGACAUCUCAGGCGGAUUAAGCCCGUUCCCAGAGAAUGUUGACAGACAAACUCUAAGGUGUAACCCAAGACCUGGGAAGAUGGUUAUCUAUGAUCUCCAUGGAAGUAAAUAUAAACAAGAGGUCUAUUGUAACAUUCUCGAUGCCACCGCGUGGUCCUUUCCGAACGGCGUACUGAUAAAAGUUGUAAGGGGCUGCUGGAUUUUAUAUGAGAAGCCACAUUUCCAAGGUCAGAAAUGUGUGUUAGAAGAAGGGGAAAAGGUGUUAAAUCGUGACUGGACCCUUCAGAACAGAAAGCAUCCACAAAGAAAUUUUGUAUUGGGUUCUAUCAAACGCAUCUUAAAGGAUUGCUGUAUUCCAGAGAUAGAGCUUUGCCCACCGUCUGACCCAGCAUGUUGUCCUGUUUACAUUCAGCGAGCGGUCCCUAAUUUGGAGGAGCUGAGUAUCCCCAAAUCUGUGUCCUUCACUGUGAAGUCAGGAGUUUGGCUUGCCUACCCAGAUGUUAAUUUUAAGGGGCGAGCCACAGUUUUGGAGGAAGACCAUGGACUCUUUGAAAUUUCUGUAGCAGAAAUGAAAUCACUGUAUCCACUUCAAAUGGGUGGACUAAAAGUGGAAAUGCCUAUGAACUUAAAGGUUAUAAUUUAUGAAAAACCUCACUUCCAUGGACAGGCCAAAGAGUUUAGUGAACAUAUAGAUUCCGUCCCAGAUUUUUUAAAAAACGAUGAGGACUUCCAUGGAAUUGGAUCAGUUCGUGUCAUCGGCGGCGUGUGGGUUGCCUAUGAAAAAGAACACUUUAAAGGCCAGCAGUUCUUGCUUGAAGAAGGAGAUUUUGAAGACAGUACUGCUUGCAGGGCAUUGAGUGGCCCCAUCUUGUCUUUCCGGUACUUACAAGCUAAUUUUAUAGAAUCUUCCAUCACACUGUUUGAAUCUGACCUGGAAAGUGGAAAAUUUAUCGAGAUCAGAAAUCAGGAAAUCUCUGACUUAGAAGAAAUUGGCUUUGGCACUGAAACAAGAUCCAUUCAUGUUAAAAGUGGAGUAUGGGUUGCCUACCAGCAGAAGUUUUUCUGUGGAGAACAGUACAUUUUAGAGAAAGGGAAAUACAAAUGCUUUUUUGACUGGGGAGGAUCAAAUAACAUAAUCAUGUCAAUACGACCUAUCCAACUGGAACCACUUGGAAUAAAUGAGCCUCCAUACCUGCUCAAAGCAUUCAGUAAACCAGGGUUCCAAGGUGAAUGUGUAGAUUUUACGAAAGAAAUUUCUGAUUUGACUUCAUUUACACCAUGUUCUUUCAAAGUUCUUCGGGGUUGCUGGCUCCUGUAUUACCAAGAGGACAUUUCUGAUAACCAGUGUGUGUUAGAAGAAGGCCUGUAUGCGGACCUUACUUCCUGCGGCUGCCCGACAUCUACCAUCAAAUCCCUGCAGCCCAUUGACUAUGUGUUCGAAGAACCUUCCAUCAGCCUUUUUGCUCUGGAACACUGUGAGGGGAGAGAGUUACAUCUUGAGGAGGCCGUGAACUCUGUUCUGAACAAGGACCUGCACUUCUACACCCAGUCCGUGUGGGUGAAGAGUGGACUGUGGAUAGCUUAUGAAGGAUCCAAUUUCCUGGGAAGACAAAUCCUGCUCGAGCCCAAUGAGAUCCCGAACUGGACAGCUUUUAGCGGGUGGAAGACAAUUGGUUCCCUCCGUCCUAUGAAGCAGCCUGCAGUCUACAUCAGGAUAAGGAACCGAGCCCAGAAGGAGUAUCUGACGGUCACUGGGAAUACGACGGACACAAGGGCGACAUCUGUGUGCGUCUCUCCCUACAGCGGGAAGAACUCCCAGAUCUGGCACUACUGCCGCGGACUCUUCAAAUCCAAGGCCACCGAUACCUGUCUGGACGUGAUUGGUGGCCGGGACACGCCCGGAGCUAAAGUGGCCCUGUGGCCUGAACACGGGCAGUACAGGCAGAAGUGGAGACUGAACAGAAAUGGAACCAUCGGCUCCUAUCUCAGCGACCAGCUUGUCCUGGAUGUCACAGGAGGAAAUUAUUAUGACAAGACACAUGUAAUUGUAAAUCAGCCCCUGGAGGGAGAAGAAACACAGAAAUGGGACAUUGAAAUAUUGUGAGAGAAUCGGCAGCAUCCCUGGAAAGAGCAAAGGAGGAAGGCACCCCACGACCCUCGUCGGGGAAGCCGCUUGUCCUUGGGCUCCCGGAUCACUGAGAAUGAACCCUUCCCGGACUGUUAGUGUUCACCCCGGGAAGGCUCCGAUGCUCUCCCGAUUCCUCAGCGGUCCUGUGAGGAGUAAACUGUGACUUCUAGGAAAGGUUCUCUUCCUCUUUGAUCUCCAGUUUGGGUAAGCGGGCUUCCUGAAGUGUGUCUCUCUCCUAGCUACCAAAUGCGGUCCCUGUCCCCGACGGCCACCGCUGAGGACACUGGUGGGGCUGGCGUCCUGCAGGAGCCGUGCCCAUCCAGCAGCGCAUGUGAGUGCAGGGUGCAGGGAAAUAGAUUCCUGCGGGCCAAGUCUUACUCGUGUGAAGAUAUAUUUAAUAAACCUUCCUGUUAAGCUGCUACAUUAGCUAAACCUUAAAAGUUUUCUGUUGAGGCUUUUAUAACUGAAGCAUUGUAAGUCUUCAUCCUUGUAACCAACCCCAGGGAGGGACCUCAGCUUUACUAGGAAAAAGGCUCAAAUACUGGAGUAUCUCCUGCAGCUGUUCUUUGCUCAGUCUUCAAACUGAAAAAGCACAAAUACCCCGUGACCCUGCUUGCGCUCUAAGUAGCAAAGUCGCCCUUCUGGGCCCCAGGACUCUCACCAGUGCUUACCCAGCCCGGUGCUGAGACCUCAGCCUGGAUUUUGCCUGAUCUGCCCUCAAGAAGUUAUUUAUAAAGAUUGUGUCACCUUUGUAUAAGAUAGUCAAAUUUUUCCUUGUGUCAAGUAAACAAGUUUCAAAUGUUCAAAUUAAAGCCAAGUGUUUUGAGACUUAACUAUACCAUUUUACUCUAUGUAAUGUAAAAGUGCUUAUUUUUCUGUGAAAUGAAAGAAAACUCAGUUUUUCACUCCCAUUUUAAAUACCUUCUAUUUAAGCAAAAUCAGAUAGGAUACCAUCUUGAACUCAAUUUCAUCACUACCACUUGAACUAAACAACUUGCAAGCAUUUCUCCCUCCUGAGUUGGUUUUAAACUGACAGACAACUGUUCCCUUCUUCCCCAACUUUUGACAGAAAGGAGAAAAGGUUGGUUCUAUUCAACUUUUAUAUAGAAAGAUUAAGUUCUCCAAUGGUAUUUUUUAAAAUAUCAACCUACAUGCACUUUAGAAUGUAAAAUAAGAGUGAACUGUUUAAACUCAAAGACCCACUAUUUUGAGUAAUUUUUUACAGAGACUUGGUCUUUCCGUGUAAACACUGAGUUGCUUUUUCCUUUGAUCUCAGGUUGUCACAUUUCAAGCAGCGUCUCUAAAACCCCCUUACACCCACCGAUAGGCGUGCCUCUCCGUAGUGUGGCAGUAUUAUUUCAUGGAAAUUGCAAGGGUAUCUUUAUUUUAAAGGGGGUGCUUGUGUGAACAGAAAGGUAUGUAUACUGGCAUUGCGAAAGUCCAAGUUAAAAUUUUUUCCUUCAUGUUAAUUGUUUAAAUUUUUUCUGGAGCCAAUGAGGCUCUUUAAAGAAGUUACUUCCAAAGAACAAAGACAGAUAACAAUUCUUAAAUUUAAAUGAUACAUUGUAGUUGUGCCUUUUCUACCACACUGGAUUAAAUAAACUUGUCAAAGUAUG